CGGAAGUUGGGUGCAUGAAGCAGAAAUCUCUCUAACUAGCUGUAGUCAGAUAUGUUUAAACCAGCCACCAAAAAAGACCAAUGGCACUAAAAUUGCUACAGAUUUUAACUGUCCGUAUCUUUGAUUAUGCCCCUUUUCACGGUGCACUUUCAGGAGAAACCUCAUCAUACAGGCAAGUAAGGAGGAGGAUUAUAGUUAACUGUUAGCUGCAAGAUGAGUUCUCAAUAUGUGCUGAAGAAUGCCUCUACUCUCGCAUCAUACAAUGUCUUGCCUAAGGUCAUGUUUCGUGCACUCACCUUUCUGCUGAACAUGUUCACGCUGCGCUUUGUGUCCAAAGAGCUGAUUGGCGUGGUUAACGUCAGCUGGUGUACACUAUGUCUUCUUCGUCAGAGUCCUUGAGAGGGGACGGUAUGUCAUGCAGCAGAAACAGGUCAGAAAGCAGAGUCGGCCAAUCAAAUACCUGUCACUCAUUUCACCAUUUAUAAAGUUGGCUAUUACACACCUAAUAGCUCAUGCAUGUGCAUUGAUGCUUAUUGCUGAUUGGUCUGCAGGAGAAGGUUGCCAUAGCAGCUGAGGUUCUGGAGUGUCUGCUGAAGCUGGUGCUUGUGAUUGGUCUGAUCAUCACAGUGUUUGGUUACGCCUACUCUCACCUGGUUCUAGACCUCUAUGGGGAAUCAGCAAUGAUUUGAAUGAUCCAAUUCCUUAAGCUACUGUUUUUUUGUGAGUGUUUGUGUGUAAUAAUAUGUGUGUUUAUAUUGAAGGGCCCAGUCUAUUGUGAUGCUACAUCUCCUAUGUACUCCUGCUAGCCAUUAAUGGAGUGACUGAGUGCUUUGUCUUCACUGCCAUGAGCAAAGAAGAGGUCGACAGGUAUAACCUGGUGAUGUUGCCUCUGUCCAUCUCCUUCCUGCUCCUGUCCUACAUGCUGACAUGGUGGGCAGGGGGCAUUUGCUUCACCCUAGCUAAUUGUCUGAACAUGGGCCUGCGUAUCAUCCCCUGCGCGGCUUGAGGCCCUCCUCUUUCGUGCUACUGGCUCUUGCUCUAAGCGCAGUCUUCACCGCCUUCUCUGAGGGUGUGUUCUGUUGUGAUGGAGGAUGGUUACUAAGUCUGGUUCACAUCGCCGUGGGGCCCGGGUGUCUACUGAGUGUAUUUGUCACCGUUCUUCUUACGAAGACAAAACUUGUUCAAUUUGUUAAGAAUGAACUGUUACCUCGCUAUGGGAAGAAACACAGCUAAACCUGCCCAGCAGAGGAAAGAUAAGGACCUAUAUUAACUUGCCAGCUAUAAUGGCAGAGAGGAAAGGCGAGAGAGACAGAAUGGCAGAGGAUGGAUAGAGCAGAAGACAGUGACUUGGAAGGGAAUGUGGAAACGGCUGCAAUCCUAAGUAACCCUGUCAUGGACUGAGGGUGAAUUCAGAAUGAGUGGCUCACUGGCCAAAAACUGUUUAAUUGUUCCUGAGUGUGUGUGAGUGUGUGUAUUUGUGCGUGUGUAUAGGUAACUGCCAAAAUAAAGGCACCUUGGCAUAUAUUCUACAAGUGUCUGGAACUCUAUUGGAGGGAUGUGACAAAUGUUCCCUCUAAACUCUACACGGGCGCACAGCUCCCCGGGACUGCCGUACAGAAGAAAUAUCAGUCCGCGCAGAGAAGAACAAGGUUGAACUUCACUCAACUUUCUACAGUUUUCCCCCUUAACACUAUCAAAAGGCCCCUUUACUGUGGGAAGUGUGAUCGAAUCAACACAAUAUUAAUCACUUUCAGUGCAACAUCGCGAAACAAAAUGAAUUAUGUAAGAAUUAGUAUGCAAGGAGCCUCUCACAUUUGCUAGCUGUGCCACUAGAGAUCCUGGCUCAAGUCCAGGCUCUGUUGCAGCCGGCCGGGAGACCAAUGAGGUGACGCACAAUUGUGUCAGCUUCGCCCGGGUUAGGGGAGGGUUUGGCCGGCAGGGAUGUCCUUGUCACAUUGUGCUCUAGCGACUCCUGUGGCAGGCUGGGCACAGUGCACACUGACACGGUCGCCAGGUGUACGGUGUUUCCUCCGACACAUUGGUGUGGCUGGCUUCCGGGUUAAGCGGACAUUGUGUCAAGAAGCAGUUGGGUCAUGUUUCGGAGGACGCACGGCUCUCGACCUUUUCCUCUCCGGAGUACGUAUGGGAGUUGCAGCGAUGAGACAAGACUGUAACUACCAAUUGGAUACCACAAAAAAGGGGUAAAAGUUCAACAAAAAAUAAUAAUUAAAUAAAUGAGUAUGCAUAACUUUUUUAUUUUAUUUUUAUUUCACCUUUAUUGAACCAGGUAGUCUAGUUGAGAACAAGUUCUCAUUUGCAACUGCGACCUGGCCAAGAUAAAGCAAAGCAGUUCAACACAUACAACAACACAGAGUUGCACAUGGAAUAAACAAACAUACAGUCAAUAAUACAGUAAAAAAAAGUAUAUAUACAGUAUGUGCAAAUGAGGUAGAAUAAGGGAGGUAGGCAAUAAAUAGGCCAUGGUGGUGAAGUAAUUACAAUAUAGCAAUUAAACACUGGAGUGAUAGAUGUGCAGAAGAUGAAUGUGCAAGUAGAGAUACCGGGGUGCAAAGGAGCAAGAUAAAUAAAUAAAUACAGUAUGGGGAUGAGGUAGUUGGAUGGGCUAUUUACAGAUGAGCUAUGUACAGGUGCAGUGAUCUGUGAGCUGCUCUGACAGCUGGUGCUUAAAGCUAGUGAGGGUGAUGAGUCUCCAGCUUCAGUGAUUUUUGCAGUUCGUUUCAGUCAUUGGCAGCAGAGAACUGGAAGGAAAGGCGGCCAAAGGAAGAAUUGGCUUUGGGGGAGACCAGUGAGUGUCACGGCCGAUGAAAGAACUGGACCAAAGCACAGCGUAGUGAGCGUUCAUUUUCCCUUUAUUUAAAAUGAUGCCAACAAAAAAAUAAACCAUACAAAACGACCGUGAAGCGUAAGGGCUAUAGUGCCACAAACAAAGACAACUACCCACAACAAAAGGAGGGAAAAAGGGAUACCUAAGUAUGGUUCCCAAUCAGAGACAGCGAUAGACAGCUGUCCCUGAUUGAGAACCAUACCCGGCCAAAACAUAGAAACACAAAAUCAUAAAAAAAAAACAUAUAAUGCCCACCCCAAAUCACACCUUGACCAAACCAAAUAGAGACAUAAAAAGGCUCUCUAAGGUCAGGGCGUGACCGUGAGAUAUUCCUGCUGGAGCGCGUGCUACGGGUGGGUGCUGCUAUGGUGACCAGUGAGCUGAGAUAAAGCGGGGCUUUACCCCAAUUUUGGAUUGGAGAUACUUAAUGUGAGUCUGGAAGGAGAGUUUACAGUCUAUCCAGACACCUAGGUAUUUGUAUUUGUCCAUAUAUUCUAAGUAAGAACCGUCCAGAGUAGUGAUGCUGGAUGGACGGCCAGGAGCGUGCAGCGAUCGGUUGAAGAGCAUGCAUUUAGUUUUACUUGCAUUUAAUUGGAGGCCACGGAAGGAGAGUUGUAUGGCAUUGAAGCUCAUCUGGAGGUUAGUUAACACAGUGUCCAAAGAAGGGCCAGAGAUAUACAGAAUGGUGUCGUCUGCGUAGAGGUGGAUCAGAGAAUCACCACCAGCAAGAGCGACAUCAUUGAUGUAUACAGAGAAGAGAAUCAUCCCGAGAAUUGAACCCUGUGGCACCCCCAUAGAGACUAUGGAGUACGACUGCCGGUGCGGCAUAACCAAUCGGAACUGUAGUCGGCCUAUAUGCUUAUGGACCUGUGCCAUUCACUUUGAACUGGACUGUUUACAGCAUGAGCGGUCGUGAGCAAUGCACUUGUUUUGAGAUCAAAGUGAGAACUCCAUGUAGCCACGUGUGCAUAUUUGUUCAUAUCCUUUGCUAUGUAAGUUAUUAGCCCAGUUAUAGAUCAUUUGUAGUGGGCAAUGGGGGAGUGAUUGCUUCCUACAAGAGCUGAAAACGUGUACAUUGUUAGACAUCUUUGAAAAGUGAGUCAGGCAAAGAGCUUUUUUUUGUCUUAGUGGCAGUGUUGUAUUUUGAGACAGGUUUGAAUAAGCUAAGUAGCCAAUAGGCAGAGAGUAGCAUCAUUUGUCUGAUUAUCUGUAAUAAUGGUAUGGGAAUAAUAAUGCAUCUUAUUUUGUAAUGGGGUUUCUUGCAUCGAACAACACAUUUUCAGUGACCUUGUCUGAAGGACAAGUGGAUAAACGGGUUAAUGUCAAGUCUUGCAUGUUUUUAAAAGUCUUGUAGACUGAAUGACAGAACAGCAAUUUCCAUGUUCAAAUGUUAUGGUAUGCAUUUUAUCCAUUUUUUUUGAUGGAAGGCAACUUUGAUAGGCCUACAGUAUGAUCAAGUAGCCUACUUCACCACUGUCUGACACUGUAACUUAAAGCUGGUACAGCCUGUGUUCACAGCAAACAUGCACUGGAAGUUGCACAGACCUGACAUUUGAUCAGUGGUAAAAAAAAAAGAAAAAGGAGGGAACAUUGGAUGUGACCAUAUACUUCCACAAGAAGGUGGAAAACGCUGUCUCAGGCACCGCUCCAGAAUCUCCCAUAAGUGUUCAAUUGGGUUGAGAGCUCAUAUACACACCCCCUUUUGAGACCCCUCUUUCAAAGUCACUGAGAUCUGCUCUUUCAGCCAUGGUAGCCAAAAUAAUCGUUAACUGGGCAUUUUUAUACAUGACCCUAAGCAUGAUGGGAUUGCUUAUUUAACUCAGGAACCACACCUGUGUGGAAGCACCUGCUUUCAAUAUAAUUUGCAUACCUCAUUUACUCAAGUGUUUCCUUUAUUUUGGCAGUUACCUGUGUGUGAGCAAGUCUACAGUCAUUGGAGCAAGCACUAUAAACACUGUUUCACCUGCACGUUUUGUAAUGCUUGAGAGGUACUUUGUAUUUAUUGUAUUUUUAUUUAACUAGGCAAGUCAGUUAAGAACAAAUUAUUAUUUGCAAUGACGGCCUACAGGUGUAUUUUGGCUGAUUGUGUUGUUGUAGCCUAGGCCAGAUUAGAUACUAGUGCAUAGAAGGCGCAUGUAAUGUAAUGUAAUGUAUCUACCAAUUUACUCUGCAUGAUGGCAGCGAAUAUUGUCUAGUAUAAAUAUCGGGAGUAUUGAAUGGAAGUAUUUGCGUCGAGUUUUCCCACCACCCAACAUCUAUCCUUUAGUGCGUCUCUUGGUGCUGUUGCCAUGGAAACGGAGCAGACCUAAUUACUGCUUGAGUCUCCACCCUGCGAGAGAACAAAAAAAAGUCUAUAGUCAUAUGGAAUCUAAGUCUUACCUGCCGAGUCUAAACCAACGUAGUCUUUUGGCCUACAGAAAUAUACCAUACAAAUGAAAAGUUGCCUUUAGUCUAUAGAGAAUUGGAUGCAGACAAGUCAAAAGAUAGGUUAUUGAAUUGCAUUGUUUGUAUUAACUAAGUAGCUCGUGUGCUGUAUAAUUUAUUGCCCGGCACAGCCAGAAGAGGACUGGCCACCCCCCAGAGCCUGGUUCCUCUCUAGGUUUCUUCCUAGGUUCUGUCCUCUAGAGAGUUUUUCCUAGCCACCGUGCUUCUACAUCUGCAUUGCUUGAUGUUUGGGGUUUUAGGCUGGGUUUCUGUACAGCACAUUGUGACAUCGGCUGAUGUAGAAAGGGCUUUAUAAAUACAUUUGAUUGCAUGGCUCACGACGACAGCCUGUGUAGGCCUAUUUUCUUUUGCUUAUACUUGACCCCGUGUCGUUGUUUUUGAAUUGAUUUAGAUAUGCUGUUGUAAUUGAAACAAAGACAACACAAAGUUUGGGGCAGAGUAUGUUCAUAUUUUUCCUCUAAUCGCUGAAAUAUAUGAACAAGUCCAUCGGUGCGGGACGCCUUUUCCUCUUGACAGCCCCAGGUUGAGAAAGUGAAUGAUCGAGCAUGCGCAGUUGAGGUUUGUGACAUAUUGCAAGGAAGCAGAGAACAAGAGAGGCAGGCGAGGGAGAUGUUUUAAAUUUACUUGGAAAAACUAGGAAAAGGUGAGAUUCACUUGGAUCAAAGUAGUUUUAGCUACUGCUAAUACAGUGUUCUGGGUGGUGUUGGGAACACAGUGGGGGCAUCAUGAACUCCGAGACACAGGAAUCUGGUGAGUCUCACAAUGGUUCAAUGGCAGUGGUGUAUUUUUCUGUCUUUAUAAAUGAGUUUGUGUGUCUUUCAGCAGGGGGCUCUGACCUGGAGUCUGACUUCAACUGGGAUGAAUAUCUGGAGGAGAAUGGAGUAUUGGCGGUUCCACAUCACGCCUUCAAACAUGUGGACCGUAGCCUGCAGACAGGGCUGGCCCCAGGGAUGAUGCUGGAGGUGUCUGUGCGUUCGGAGCCUGACCAACCCUACUGGGUGGCUACCAUCAUCACUGUCUGUGGCCAACUGCUGCUGCUGCGCUAUGAGGGUUACCACGACGACCGACGAGCAGACUUCUGGUCUGACAUCAUGACCUCUGACCUCCACCCUCUGGGGUGGGGUAGGCAGCAGGGGCGACCAAUGAGACCACCCGAUGGUGUUUGUGAGAAACAUGGUGACUGGGAGGCUGUCCUAGAGGAGGCUCUGGCUCAGGGAGGGAGUGCACCAGCACACCUACUGCAGGGGGCUCAGACAGGGGGAGACCCAGCAGACCUGUUUCCCAUGGGGUGGUGUGUGGAGCUGCAGGACAGUGUGGACCCAGGGGUGGCCUGGGGGGCGCAGGUGGAGGACAACAUAGGGGGCCGUCUGUGUCUGCGCUACGCUGGGACAGAGGGGCUCACCCAGUCACUGGCCAGGCGAUGGGUAUUCUACCUGGACCCCCUCCUGCACCCACCUGGCUGGGCUGAGGAGAACAGCUGCUCUCUCACCCCACCUGCUGUGCUUCGUAGUUUGCGCAGUGAAGCAGAGUGGGAGGAGGUGAGAAAGACCAUCAGACAGCCUAAAGAAGAAUCCUUCAAUCAAGACUUCUUUAAGGACAGGCCAGUCCUCUCUCCUCACUGCUUCUCUGAGGGGAUGAAGUUGGAGGCGGUGAAUCCCGCUGCCCCCUUCAACAUCAGCCCAGCUACUGUCACCAAGGUGUUGAGCGAACAGUACUUCCUGGUGCAGAUGGACAGCCUACCGGGAGACAGUGAGGGGGCGGGGACUGGCUCAUCCUUCCUCUGUCACCAUGGAAGCACUGAAAUCUUCCCUGUCCAGUGGAGCCUUAAAAAUGGGGUACCCCUCAGUCCCCCUCCAGGUUACCAGGGUCAGGACUUUGACUGGGCGUAUUACCUGAAACAGUGUGGCGCAGAGGGAGCGCCAGAGAGCUGUUUUCCUGUGGAGCAGGGUGAUCAUGACUUUGUUGAGUUCAUGAGGCUGGAGGCGGUGAAUCCCAUCGCUCCUAAAUACAUCCACAUGGCAACUGUGACCAGGGUCAGAGGUCAGCACAUCUGGCUGGGUCUAGAAGGGUUGAAGCAGACUCUGCCUGACAUCAUCACGCAUGUGGACUCUCUGGACAUCUUUCCAGUCAGUUGGUGUGAGAGUAACGGCUACCCCCUCCAACACCCCUCCAAAGCUACAGCUCCGAGGAAGAGCUGUGUGGCCGUGGUGCAACCAGAGAAGCAAUCUCAACUUAAAGCCACGCCCCAUGCAGCGAGGCAGCAGGAUCUGAGCCAAUCAGAGAGCGCUCAGGGGAAUGGAAAGUACAGCUGCCCAAAGAUCUUCUUCAACCACCUUUGUUUCUCUGGCCCCUACCUGAACAAGGGCCGCAUCGCAGAGCUGCCCCAGAGCAUAGGCCCCGGCAACUGUGUCCUGGUGCUGAAAGAGGUGUUGACGCUCCUGAUCAGCUCGGCCUACAAGCCCAGCCGGGUGCUGAGGGAGCUGCAGCAGGACCGAGAGCUGAGGCGGCACGGCCAGGGAGAGACUCUCAAGGCCAAGUACAAAGGGAAGAGUUACCGGGCCACUGUAGGGAUUUCCCGUACGGCUGACCAGGUGGCUGAGUUCUGCAGGAAGACAUGUGUAAGGCUGGAAUGCUGCCCCAACCUGAUCACACCUCACAUGGUGCGGGAACACUGCUCAGAGAACUGUUCCCUGCUCACCAAGACUAAAUACACUCAUUACUACAGUAAGAAGAAGACCAAGCGCAUUGGCCGUCCCCCUGGCGGUCACACUAACCUGGAUAUCAGCACCAAAGAGGGGAGCAGGAGGAAGAAGAGGAAGCCCCUGUCUGUCUGCAAAAAACACCUGUUUACCUCUGUGGACAGCACCCCUGCUUGCUCCCCACUGGGUAGUGGAGAGGAGGAGGAGGACCUGGAUGAGGACUACUCUCUGAGUGAGUCGGGCUCAGAGCAGCAGGGUGACUCUGAGGUGUUAGAGAGGAAGUCCCAGCCCGCCUUUCCCCGUCCCACCCCUAUAGAACCUCGCCCUCGGGAAGGACCCCGCCGCCAGCGCAGGAAAACCCCCCAAUUAACCUCCUACUCAGAUGAUGAGAACCAGCCCCCCUCACCUACGAGUGGGCGGGUGGAGGUGCAGGAGAAGCUGCAUCUGGACAGCAGUCCUCUGGGCUGGAGCAUCACUGACGUGACUCACUUCAUCAGAACCACUGACUGUUCCCCGCUGGCACGCAUAUUCAGGGACCAAGAGAUAGAUGGCCAGGCCCUGCUGUUGCUGAGCCUGCCCACAGUACAGGAGUGUAUGGGGCUGAAGCUGGGCCCUGCCAUCAAACUGUGUCACCUUAUAGAGAGGGUCAAACUGGCCUUUUACCAGCACUUUGCCAGCUGAUGAGUGUGUGUGUCUAUGCGCAUGCAUUAUGUACACUGUUGUUUUCAAUGAUGUGUAUAAACCCUGGAUGACUGAUAGGGGGCGUUUUAUUGAAGCCACCCCACAGCGAUCUCUGUACAUCUCCAUUGUAAAAAAGAUGUUGAAAGCUAUAGAAUCGUAGAAUGUGGCCAAUACAUAGCAUCAGCAAUCCAGGGCUUAUAUACAUCAUUGGUUGUUAUGUAUAUUAUAUGCUGCUCCAGGAUGGACACCGUUUAUAGCCUAAACUGUUCACCCCUGGAAUAUGUGACUGAAUUCUGUAUCUUUCAGGGAUUUCAUGUUUGUUUACCAUUUGUUUGUACACUGUGGAGGGGAAUUGAAAAGCACAAGAUAAUUGUACAAAGUCAUGAUGGAAUUAUUUUCCAUCCAUUCAUCACUUAAGACUUUGGUUGAAAUGAAAACCCAACGUAAAGUAUAUAAACAAAAUAGAUCUGGAUACCAGUUUAGGUACUAGUUUACCUCUUAUUAAUGCAAAGCCCCCUCAUUGUGAAACACUAGACAUGUUGAAUCUGUAUAACCGCACCUUAUGUGGGGAGACAUAUUUGCACUACCAUCACCAGGUUUUUACAUCGGUCUACAAGGUUAGGGUAAUCGAUUUCACUGACUUCACAGACUUUUGGGGAUGGUUUCCCACACAGAUUAAGCCUGGUCCUAGACUAAAAAGCAUCUUCAGUGGAGAUUCUCCAUUGAAAAUGGUUCUUAGUCCAGGAAUAGUCUUAAUCUCUGUCUGUGAAAUGCAAUGAAUCUUAAAUGCAUCCUAUUAGAUUCUCAACGGGUUAGGCUGUUCUUGAUCUUUUUGUCUUUAUGAUGACUAUGAUCACUUUAGUUGUGUGUACUAUAUAUAGUAAGUCAGUCACUAGUUGUGUGUACUAUAGUAAGUCAGUCACUAGUUAUGGGUGUUCAUUGGGUGGUCGACAGGGUUAUAAGAUGGUCCUGACAAUUAUGGACGUUUCCGAUCAAAAAGUAUUUUAUUAUUGAGGACCUGUUUGGCCUCAUUUUACCUCUUGUAUUUUGCAGCUUGAUCAAAGUAUAAACUGAACCAUUUUUUAAGUAUUUGUAAAGAUUGAAUGUCAACUAUGGUAAAAGCGUUUUGCUGAUUGCUUUGAGUAAAACAUUUAUUGAUUUAUAUAAAAAAGAAUUACAGUAAGUGACUUAAAAGAAUUAUGUAGGAUAAUACUCAUGCUAUCUCUAAAGAAUGAACUGUACUCAAGGCAGAACUGUGCCAUGUUUGAGACAUUCCCUGUUAUUUAUGCUCAUUAUCACCUUCCACAUCAGCUUGUCGUUUCAUUCAGGGCUUUCAUUGAAAGUCUUCAUGUUUCUAUUCCCGUUCACUUGAUCGAUUACUUGAUUUUACAUUCCUGUUGCUCACGUUGAAAAUAAGUUCUGGUAGAUGAGUCAACUAAAGGGGUUUCUCAUGAAACAAUCUAAAAUGUAAAUGGUUUGUGGAUGUUUUCAAUGUGAAUAUGUUAACAGAAUGAUUUUUAUUGCUUUUAAAAGUAAUAAACUGCAAUUCUAUCA